CUUGCUAUUGGGUUGUUGCAUUAGAAUGAACUUUGUCUCUGUUCCUCUUUACAAAGGAAAGCAGGAUCUCCGGUUUUGUCUCUAAACUAAAAGUAUGCAUCUUUUCAUCUUGAUUUUUAUAAUUAAAACGGAGAAGGUGCCUUUAUGAACAAACUUAAGUUUGGUACCAGGACAGGAAAUGAGGGAAAUUAUUGGCGUUUAUCAGAGACAUCUUCAGGGUGUAGUCUAAAAGGAAGUAGCCUGGGAGCUGCAGAGUCAGGCAGGCAGGCAGGCGGUAUGCAUUGCAGCGGAUCGGAACCAGCUGCCCCGGAUCGGACUCCCAGACAGGGCUCCAUUGUGGAGCGGCUGUCUCGGUAUGGCAUGCAGGUCAUGCCCGGAGCCUCCCCGCGUAGGUCGAGGCUGCAGAGGCAGCAAGAAGUCACCGACGGCUCCGCGCCGGAGAAGGAGUCCGUUCUGCGUAGAAAGUACCUGAAGGAGCUUCUCCUGAGCCGGGCAUCCAGCAGCGGAGUGGGCAGCGGGUUGCUGCAGAGCCUCUCCCCGGACCAGGAGGACUCGGACUGGGCUCUGUAUCCCAUGGAGCACGCCUGGAUGCUCCUGGCGGUAGAGGGGAACUACGAAACCAUCCUGGACUUCAUCUCCGAGGACCCGCAGCUGCUGACCCGGCGGGACUUCAUCAGCGGAUACUCGGUGCUGCAUUGGCUGGCCAAGCGGGGACAGGACGAGAUCCUGCUGAAGCUGCUGCGGUUCGCGGAGCGUGCGGGCUUUGCGGUGAAUGUGAACCUGCGGGGCAGCGGCGGGCUGACCCCGCUGCACGUCGCCAGCAUGCAGGGCCAGUUCGCGGUCAUCAAGCUGCUGGUCGGGGCUUUCGGCGCCAACGUGGACGCGAUGGACUACAACGGGAAGCGGCCGUGGCAGUACCUGCGGGAGGACGCCCCGGUGGAGAUGAAGGAGCUGCUGGGCACCUGGGACGAGGAGCACAGCUGCGGCUGUGCGCAAAACUUCAACAAGAACGUCAACAACAACUGCGCUGGCGCAGUGAGCGCGGCCGCGUGCGAUGAGGCGGAUGGCGAAGAAACUGAAGAACUGCAGUUUCCUCAUCACCAGAGCGGUGAGGAAGAGGAGGAGGAGCGCAGCAGGAGGAAGAUGCUCUCAGCAGGGUUAAUGACAGCACUCUACUGGUGAUGAGCGCUGCAUUUGCAGACCUGCUUUAAAUUAUAGACUCCAUGUUUUCCUUCUAUCCAUUAGUCUGUCAGGUAUCGCUGAAACUUUAAAUAAAUCAUGAAAACAGAAAUGGAGACCAAAAUUAAGACUAAUGGUCAGCAAAUGAGCAACAUUGACUUUUUUUUUAACCAUUAUAAAAUAAUUUGAGGUAAACGCGAAUCAAAUAAGGACAACAUGCAUUCAGUGUUGCCAGAUUGGGAGAGUUUCUACACAAUUGGGCUCAUUUUGAACAUUAAGCUGAAGGGGGGGGGGGAGCUUUUGGGAGUAUUGUUAAAUUUUAUGCUGCUUUUAAUAGGUUUUAAAGUGUUCAGAAUACAUUUUUUAAAUAUCGCAUGUGGCAGAAAAGUACAAAACGUUUAGUAAAAUACUGCAUUAUUGAACUUUUCAUUACCCAGAAUCUGUUGAAUGUGACAUAAUCAAUGAUCAUAAUGGUCAUUGGUUAAUCGAGAGUAACUAUGUGGUAUUGUUGUAAAACAAAUUACUAUUUAAAAGGUCACAGACCCAUGAAAACACAAGUCUCAUUGUGUUCAAAGUCGAGUCCCAAUUGGAUCGGGCUCGGGUCAGAAUCUAAUCUGAUGCUCGCAACAUGAAUGAUGUCAGAGGUUGAGAUUUGGGCUGUUUUUUCUUUUGGAGUUUGGUCGGGUUUUACGUUGUCUUUUGGGAUGGAAGCUGUCAGAUCUGGAAACCCCGCACACAUUAAUCAUCAGGUGAGCCGAGUGAUAACUGGACUCCAGAAAGAUUUAUUAGGUUUUCACUUUUGAGAGAUGCUAACCGACCAGAUGUCGCUGGAGCGAGUUGUUUGACUGAAACAAUAGGUCAGUUCUUCACAUAGAUUGCUGAACUUAGGUGUGUAAGCAAAGUGAAUUUGAUCAACUCUUUAUGCAGUUUGAGUAACUUUUAGAAAAAAUAAAAAUAAUGUCAUUGCCAUUCAAUGUUUGUACAAAUCUGCAACCAAAACCCAACUUUGCAGCUUUGUAGGAAUAUGAAAAAAAGAUAAAAAAUAAAAAAAUCAAGUUAUGCAUACAAACUCUUCAGCAAAUGAAUUGUAUUUGUACUUUCACUUUGCCUCUGGUAAAUAGAAAUGUUAUUUAUAUUCUGCCAAAUGUGAUUGAGAUAUUGUACCCAAACAAGUCAGCAUUUUGUUAAGUUACGACACUAUAUCAACAUAAUCGACAUGUAAAUUCGAAUGAAGUCAAAGUAACUACCAAACAAACUUUAAUAUAAAUUCAUUUUCACAGUCAAAACUAUCUUGGCGCUGCAGUUUAAGCUGAUAUCUUCCUUAUCUCUGCUCUUACAGGAACAGAAAAUCAGCCAAGAAAAAUAACUGCAGCUCUUGGAUUGGCUCCUGCCUUUUAAAUGAUAGCCAAUCGCAUGCAACACAGCAAGGCAUGCAGAUAAAUUCAGCUUAAAUUUCUUUUUAAAUAUUUCUCAUAAGCUCUAUCAAAAAUACUAGAAAUAAAUUUAUGUAAAGAGUAUGCUACUUAAUCCGACACUGAUAGUUAUACAUUGAAAAGUUCUCAUUUCAUGGGUUCCUGUGAUGACUGUAAACAUUUAUGUCCACAUUGCUGUAGUGAGCAACUUUUACACAGGCACAAGAAUAUUUAACAUCUAUUAAAGCUGUUUGUGUAGAUUAUUUUCAGGUUGGUACACCAUUAAAAACUCAAUUUACGCUGCUUUAAGCAGAGUAUUUUACCUUCAAAUACUAGAUCUAGUCACAUUAGACAGUGCUGUAGAUCAACAGUGUCCAAAGUGGAUCCUUGAGGGCCGGCAUCCUGCACGUUUUAGUUCUCUCUGGUGGUAGUAACCUGUUCAGCAUGUCAAUGUUCA